AUGUAUAACUCGCUUACAUCUACCUCGAAGCUACGCAGUCUCUUCUUGCUCAUCACACUCCUCGCCGGUGCAUCAUUCAUCUCACAAGCCCACGGGCACAAGACCUCUUCAUCCAGGUCCUCAUUCAACGGAACGUCCGGACCCUUCAUUGGAUUCCAUCUAGGCCAGUCAUACGGCACCUCUGUUGCCCGCUUCGAAAAUGGCACAACCGUAACCAUUACCAGUAUCUGUGGGAGUGAAAUAUACACACGCCUUUUGGAGAGGCUGAUUGAGGCGCCUCUAACUCCUCACUGGCUUUCCUUCGUGGGAUUGGUCGGCCAUUGGCUAGCCGUGCUUCGCACACUUAUUCGAGGCCUAGGUCUCGUCCCCUCUAACAACAAUCGCAUCCUGGCCGAAAUGAUUCAGGCGCUCAAGGCCGCCUCAGAGGAGUCUCUCGGUGUCUCGAUCGAGUCGGUCGGAGUGACUAUUCCCUGGGUGGCAGCUUGGGACAACCAGGUGGCGUCUGACAGUGUGGUAAACGACGCCCUCCGGCUCGCAGGACUCAGCCCCCAAGAUCAUUGGAGUAACGAACAAAUCUAUCUCAGCGAGGUCAAUACUGCAUUCGCAAGCGAGGGUCAAUGGUUAUGCAAAAAGCACUUUUGUGCGGGUCAUUGGAUGGAGGUCGAAGGGGAGGCGGCCUAUGGCGGUCCUGUGUUGUACAUUAGCAAAUGCUACUUUGCCAACUCAUGGGAGAAUCAUCUCUCAUCAAUAGACCCUCGCUAUGGUCUCGCCCAGAAAGACCGGGAAACAUCGCCAGCCCAGUUCUGGAGUACUCUAAAGGAUCAUCUCGUCUCUCUUGUCAGGCAGCACGCAACCAAAUCUGCCAAGUAUGACUUCAACUACCUCUUUGAAACAUUUCCUCGGUUGUGGGGCGACAUCAAAGCGCGGCUCGUCUCCCCUGUCAAACGAUACCCAGCGCAACCCCCCGAGUGUCAUCUUGAGAAGCCAUUCACAGUUCUAGUGGCCGGAGAGGCGGCCGACACACCCGAAUUUCUCGAUGUGAUACAUGAAGCUGUGCGAGACAUGACAAGCAUCUGUAAGAGAGAGACUGAUCCCGUCCCUGUUGAGGAGGGGGAAGACAAUAUGGUUAAAGAAGAUAUCAGGCUUGUAGUUCUGGGUGAUCAAAUAUAUGGGCCUGCAGAGGGGGCCGCUUUUUGGGCGUGGUCGAGGAAGAGCGUGACAUACUGUGGCGAUUACUAUGCUGAAGCGGGUAUGCAUGAUCAGUACGAGACGCUACAUGAUGGCCAUACAGAGCUGUAA